AUGGACGAUGUGGAUGUGGAGGUGAAGAUGCUUCAGGACAUGCUCGCAGACCAGUGCCAGCUGCAGGCCAAGCAACUGAAAUCGUUGGAAGACGAGGUUGCCCUGCUCAAGACGCGGGCCCAGGCCUUCGCAGAACGCCGAGCGCGGCGUCUUGCGACGGACCCACUUUCCGGCAUCGACACUGCCUUCGUGAGGAGGGUGGAAUGGAAGCUGCAGAAGUGCAGCGAGACCAUCAGGAAGAUGUCCAACAACCAGUGCAUCUGGUCCAGCUCCUUUUCGGCUAUGGGGGUGCCGGAUAUGCAGCUCGAGUUCUUUCCGCAAGGACGGGAGACGUCUCAGAAGGGCUUCUGUGCCCUCUUUCUUUGGUGCCCUGGCCACCUGAAGCUGAAGUACCGACUCGAGGUCGGCAGCCACGCCUCGAUCGAUGAGGAUGUCUUCACCAGCCGGAUUGGCCACGGCCACUCCAACUUCUGCUUCCUGGAGGCCCAGAUUGACGACAAAGAUUGCCUCGUCAUUGGCCUGGAGAUUCUGGAGGUGACCUGGACGCAGGACUUGGGUCAAGGGCUGAGGCUCGUCAACAGAGGGCCCGUGGACGCUGUGAAGCGCGAGGCUGUAGUGCUCCACCACCGCGAUAGAGAAUCAGUUGAGUGGAAGAUUUCAAACAUCCGACGGCGCAUCCAGGAGUUGCCUAUGGGCGCCUGCAUGUGCAGCCCUCUCUUCUCCGCCGCCGGUGUGCGGGACAUGCACCUGGAGUUCUAUCCGAACGGCCUGGAGGGGAGCAAAGAAGGGUAUUGUGGCUUCUAUGUGAGGUGUCCUACUGGCGAGUAUACGCUGAACAUCACCCUCUUCGUUGGCACCGCCAGACGGGGGCCGAGCAAGACGGAAUUCAACGGCAAUGCUGCCAAAGGUUUGCCCGAGUUCUGCCGGCUCGACGAGCAGCUUGUGGACGGGGAGGAAGAUCUCAUUGCUGGCAUUGUCCUCCAGAACCCAUUGCAGGAGCAGGAAGAAGACGAGCGAACUUUGUACCUGUGA